AAGAUGACGGCUUUGUUAUAAAAUUUCGUUUCUUCGAGCGGUCGUUUUGUUCGUCUCUUGAACCAAAAACCCUCUGAGACAGAAUGGAGGGACUUGUUAGUUCCACCUGUUUUAGAAAUGGUAGCAGCGUCAGAUGCUUCCUGCCGACGAGCGGUUUCUUCCCCAGCCGUAUGCUUGGUUACCUGCAGGUGCCUACUGCAACGAGCUACUGGCGUCAUCCUAGGCUUCUUUGUAGAGAUCUCAAGAGAUAUUCCUCCGUGAGACAGAUUAGCAUUGUGGAGGACGAGGAAGAGGAGGAGGAAAACGAGGAGGAGGGCAGCUCCGAUUGGGAAGCGGAGUUCUUGGGCGAGAUCGACCCUUUCGGCUACCUGCCACCCAAGCGGCGAAAUCGUCAAAAAUCCUCAUUGCUUGAUGAUGAGGACGGUUCUGUGGCCAUGGAAUGGUGUGUCCGGGCGAGGCGGUCCGCUCUGAAAGCAAUUGAAUCGAGGGGACUGACCGCCACCAUGGAAGAUUUGCUUUCUGUGGAGAAGAAGAGGAGAAAGAAGAAGAAAAAGAAGGACGAUAUGGCGAAGAAUGUUAGUGAUAAGAAGAGCAAGCUCGAAAUGGAUAACAAUUUGACAAUGGAAGACUUCAUGUACGAUACUGAUGGAAACAACGACCCGAGAGCUCAUCUGCGUAGAACAGUGAGCGCCUUAGGCGACGGCAUGUUUGAGGAGCAAAAGGAGAAAAACAGAGAGGCUUUCAUCGAGAAGCUAACUCAAUUCUCAGGCCCUUCUGAUAGGAGGAAAGAAAUCAACCUGAACAGGUCGAUUAUCGAUGCUCAGACUGCGGAGGACGUGUUAGAGCUAGCAGCGGAGAUGAUGUCUGCGGUAGCAAAAGGGUUAACUCCUUCACCGCUGACACCAUUGAAUGUAGCUACUGCAGUUCAUAGGAUAGCUAAGAACAUGGAGAAGGUCUCCAUGGCCAAGUCUCGAAGGUUGGCAUUCGCUCGACAGAAAGAGACGUCGAUGCUCGUGGGACUCGCCAUGGCUGCCCUGCCCGAGUGCUCUGCUCAGGGCAUAUCAAACAUCGCAUGGGCGCUCUCUAAGAUAGGUGGGGAACUCCUCUACCUAUCUGAGAUGGACAGGAUUGCAGAAGUUGCCAUCACCAAGACUGAUGAAUUCAACGCGCAGAACGUCGCUAAUACUGCUGGUGCUUUCGCAUCGAUGCGGCACUCUGCUUCUGAGCUGUUCAUUGAGCUAUCGACAAGGGCAUCCGUAAUUGUUCACACUUUCAAUGAACAGGAGCUAACUCAGUUGCUAUGGGCAUUCUCAUCACUUCAUGAGCCUGCUGACCGUUUGCUUGAUUCGUUAGACGUUGCAUUCAGAGACGUAAUGAUCCUUAAGUGCGACACAGAUGCUAGUUCAACCACCAUCGAAGGUCCAUCUGACGGCUUUCAGAGAAGUGAUGAUCAGCCUGCACCACAAAAUUUCACUAGGGAUCAGCUGGGAAAUAUAGCUUGGUCAUAUGCGGUUCUAGGACAAAUGCAUCGGUUGUUUUUCUCUCGUGUUUGGAAGACGUUGAGCCAGUUUGAAGAACAGAAGAUCUCUGAGCAGUACAGGGAAGAUAUCAUGUUUGCCUCUCAGGUCCUUCAAGCAAACCAGUGUCUGAAGCUUGAGUACCCGCAUCUGGAGUUGUCUCUGAAGAGCGACAUAGAAGACAGGAUUGCUCGAGCAGGAAAAACUAAGAGGUUCAAUGACAAGAUAACAUCCUCAUUCCAGAGAGAAGUUAUGCGGCUUCUUACAAGUACAGGCCUCCCAUGGGUGAAAGAAUACACCAUUGAUGGGUAUACGAUGGACGCUGUGGUGCCUGAUAGGAAGAUUGCCUUGGAGAUAGAUGGACCAACUCACUUCUCAAGAAACACAGUAACACCUCUUGGCCACACAAUGCUGAAGCGACGAUACAUCACCGCUGCCGGUUGGAAAUUAGCAAGCGUAUGCCAUCAAGAUUGGGAGGAACUUCAAGGCGAGUUUGAGCAGCUGGAUUAUCUGAGAAAGAUUCUGAUGGACCACAUAGACGAGGCAUAUGUAACUAAUAAUAGUCUUUGAAUGUGGCUAACUUGGUAGAAAAUAUUGUAUUUGCGGGAAUCACAUAAGAUGACAGAAGUUGAUACAGGCUCCCAGGAACCAGACAUUUUUGGAUGCCUGACAGUUUAAAGGAGGUCCCUUCAUGCACAAGGUUUCAAGCUGGUCACUUUACCCCAUGUGAGAAAGAUGGUUGAUUUGGGCUUCUCCUUUCCGAACCUUCUUUUCUUGAUGAUCUGUAAAAGGUGUAUCAAUAUAUACAUAUCAGAAGAUACUUGUGAAAAAUGGUUUUGGAAGGGUUACUGCUUACUGCAUUGACAUACCU